AUGAGUCCACCAGAAGGCGCAAUUUCAGCUUGGGAUUAAAGCUUCAGCGGUAAAUGGAGAGGCAGAGCUGCACACUUGGGUGGUGAAACGGAUCCACAACACAACAGCACUGUCAAACUUCCCUAACGUGCUGUUCACGAGAACCAGACCAUGUUAGCCCUAAAAGCACUGGGUGUGUGUGAGCUGAGCCUGUGCUGUGCUUUCCUCCUUCUGCAUGGAGUGCAGUCUGAUUCCAGACUGACCAGUAAAACUUUGGAGCUGAUGUCUAAAUACCGACUGAUAGAUGGACACAAUGACCUCCCUUUGCAACUCCGCAUGCGCUAUAAAAACAGUCUCAGCAAGUUUAAUGUGUACAACAGCUCGAAAACAGCUACAGAUAUUACCCGACUCAAAGCUGCUCAUGUUGGAGGACAGAUAUUUGCGGCGUAUGUGUUAUGUACAGCUCAGGACAAGGACGCCGUUAGACUGGCAUUGGAGCAGGUUGAUGUGAUACGACGUCUGUGCACUGAAUACCCAGAACUGGAGUUGGCUACCACCGUUGCAGAAAUGAACGCCACAAAGAAGAUAGCUUGUUUAAUCAGUAUAGAAGGAGGCCAUGCAAUUGAUAGCAGUCUGCCAGCUUUACGGAUGUUCUACCAACUUGGAGUGAGAUCUGUGACCCUCACACACACUUGCAACACACCUUGGGCAGAAAGCUCUUCCCAAUAUUACUCUUACUACAAGAGAAACAACAAUGCCUUGACAGAUUUCGGCAAGGCCGUAGUGCAUGAGAUGAACAGACUGGGAAUGUUGAUCGAUCUGUCUCAUACUUCCUGGGCUACGGUGCGAGCCGUGCUGGAAAUUUCAAAAGCUCCGGUCAUCUUCAGCCACUCCUCUGCCUACACCAUCUGUAAUAACUCACGCAACGUCCCUGAUGACCUGCUUCGCCUGCUGAAAAAAAAAGGAGGGCUCAUCAUGGUGAACUUCUACAAGGAUUUUAUAGCCUGUGGUGCUCAAGCAAAUGUCUCUCAUGUAGCUGACCAUUUUGACCAUCUUAAGCAUGUGAUAGGAGCAGAGCACAUUGGAAUUGGGGGUGACUACGAUGGGGCCAGUGGAUUUCCUCAGGGUCUGGAGGAUGUGUCUAAAUACCCUGCUCUGAUUGGAGAACUACUGAGUAGAAACUGGAGUGAGCAGGAACUGGCAGGCGUGCUGAGGCUUAACUUCCUCCAAGUCUUUGAGAAAGUGGAGAAGAUAAGUGAUAGACUGCGCAACACUCUUCCCAGUGAGGUGGAAAUCCCCCUUGAAGAGGCCCAAAACGAAUGCCGUUUGGUGCUGAAGCGUCCGGAUGGGUCCAGAAAGUCAUCCGGUAUGCAAGCGAGAAAUCUUUUAAGCUCAGGUGCUCUGUUUUGGACCGUUCUCUUUUUCCACUUUAUGCUGCUACAUAAACCAACAUAUCCGAACUGAUGCUGAUAUAAUAAUUCUUUAAAAGGUCUCAAGACCUUCUUUGUGAAAAGGGCAAAGCUAGUUUGAUUACUAUUUUAGUGAAGCCAUAUAUUCAAGCAUUUUAGAAUUGAAGACCUUGUUUAUACCUAGUUGUUUCAUGCUGUUACAAAUUCCCCUUCUCAGCAUGUGAUUGGUUUCCCAGUGCGAUGAGUACUGCACUAUUUUGUUUUGUUGAGUUCUCUCCAUGUCCUUUUUGUUUAUGUUGUCUGUGUUCCUGUGCGCCUGUGUCUUGGUUCUGUCUCUACCCUGUCUCAUUACUUGUCUGUUACCUCAUGUGUGCACCUGUUCUGAGUGCAUCCCUUGAUUAGUUUGUCUUAUAUCCUGAUGUUCCUUUGUCCCAUCACAAAGUCUCAUUCAGUGUGAGACUGCAUUACUGAGCCUUGUUCUUUGAUUCCGUAUUUCCUGGUUUUGACCUUGAUAGCACUUUUCUUUUUGAAUUUUCCUUGUUUGUUGACUAUGGAUUAUGAUGACGAUUUUUGGAUUAUCCCUAAUAAAUAACAGGGAGUUUAGGGAGUUUAUACACUUGCAUCCUGCCUCUGAGAAUCAGGAUCACACAUGGAUACGGAUUAUACAUAUUGAAAUUAAAAUGUAAAAGUAAAUGCAUUUAAAUCAGUUUUGUGUCCUAUUACUUAAACCAGGGGCUCUCAGACAUUUUGCAUCCCUUUCCAGAGUAAAAGAAUUUCAACGACCCCCUUAUGAACAAAACACAGAUUUGCUUAAAAACAUUAGGGCAAAUAUGUGCCAUCAUAUAAAGGAAUAUGAUUAGAUUGGAGCUUUUUGUUCCUGAAAUUUCCACUCAUAUAAAUGUACAUUUAAAACAUUUUAUAACAUAUCACCAGCACUUCCUGGUUUAAAUUUGCAUUUAAAAGUUAACAUUAUUUAUAUAUACUCGUUUUGAGUUAUUGAGUUUCAAUUAAUUGAGUUUCAAUUGAGUUUCAGUUAACUUUCAUUUCAAGUGACCAGUUGAUUAGGCUUACAACUGUGAUAAUAGCCAUGACAACCUUGAUACUAGUUGAUAGUAGAACUAUGAAGUGAAACUACUUCAGGAGGUGGUCUGACAUUUUAGUUCUGUUGUAUAAUCUCUCCAAGACACAUUCGACAGCCAAAACCCCUCCCAGUAGGUGAUGCGUGAGCUUCAUGAAUGCUGAAGUUGGCGCCUUUGAAAAUGUUAGCUAAAUUAAAAACAGCACAAAAAAUCAUGAAGUAAAACAAAGAACAUGUAUGGGAUUUCAGGCUGUCUGACCUGAGACACACUUGACUACAACUGUAAAUGCAUGUGGUUAAAAUCUUAUCACAAUACAAAGACAUAUGAAAUGACCAGGGGCCUAAGUUGUGUCAAAAGUAUCCUUUUAUUUCUGGGAAUUUCAUUCAUGACAUCUUGCCUUUUUGUCUACCUUCAAGCUCACGUUCAGGUUUUGGUAUCACACUUCAGUUUGCUGUCAGCAUCCACUGGCAUUUUUCAUAAAUGUCCUCAGGGCAGAUGCUAGACACUUUAAAUAUAGAAAAUCAUAACAAAUAACUGCAACCAUUUUGGAAUAUAUGUAUAAAUCCAAUGUAGCCAUGCAUCCAGCCUGCUUUACAGAUGAUUAUCUGUUUUGUUGUCAUUAUUUGAACAGUCUUUGUUAUAAAAAGCAGAACUGUGAGCUUUUCACCUUAUACUUUUUUUUUUUAAAGAAACUGUUAUAAUUUACUUGCAAACUUUCACUGUACUUUGUAUUUUAGGUGAUCCAAUAAGACCUAGUUUUGUAAAUUGCAGAUGGAAUAAGAGACAGGUGCUAUUAAUUCUCAAUUCAAGUUGAAUAUAUUUUUCAUUAAUCAAAAUGUUAUAUUUGACUUUUUGUGACCUGGUCAAUUAAUGUAAUGCUCUGUCAAUUCUUAUACAUUCAAAAAGUUGAAUAAUUGUAAGACUACACCAAUAUAUAUAUUUUUUUAAAUUAAAUGUCAAAACUGUGUUUUUUUUCUUUCUUAUGUCAUUACUUAUAUUUAUUAGGUUUAUGCUACAGAAAAUAAAUGGUUGUUAUUAUUUUAUAAAUAUAUUUUUGAAAAUCAAGUUUUAUUUUAUAACCACAUGCAUAGUGUACACAAAGUUGUAAUAAUGUGUAAGCUUUUGAUUAUUUUUUCUACUAUGUGCUCCUCAUUUCUAUAAUCCAAGCAUUCAAAAAUUGUUGCGCUACUUGUGUACUAGAUUUGUGAAUAUGGUGCUUCUUUUGGACAUCCCAGUAUUAAGUUAUAUGACAUCAUUCAUAAAUAAUUCAUAUCAUUUCACUCAGGAGCCCCCAUACGUCCUACGACUGAUAGAGGUAACAUGCUCUAAAAAGCCUAGCUGUGCCUUCUUCUGAGCUGAGAAGCUAAUAUUUGAUUAUUUAUUGUAAGUAAAUGCCACAUUUGCUAGAAAUGAUGUAUGAAAAAGCUGAAUCUCGAAUGUAAAACUGUAUCUCAAAUGCUGUAUAUAUACAUAUAUAUCUAUAUAACUAUAUCUUAAAAUGCUGCACAGUGAGUCAGGCACAAUUAAAUUGUUGUAAAAUUGGAUAAAAUCCUGGUCAGUUAUUUUGAUUUAAUAUUGGCAUGUAUUUCAUACUAAAGCAUUUCAUUCAUUCUAUUAUUACUUUUUUUUUUUUUUAAAUAUUACAUAUUUUCUUUUGAGGUCUGAUUUUCGUGUAAAAAUAUUUGAAGUCAGUGCCUCGAUAACAUGACGAGUUUCAUUUUUUUGUCUUAUUAACUUCAUGAGAAAGAAAAAAGAGUGUGGUGAUGGAAAGACUAUAGUUUAGGUGGAAAGAUUGUAGUCGCUGUAACAUGUGGCGUUCCACAACAUAUGUAGCUAAUGUAUACGUAUAAUGAUGUAAAACAAGUCAUUCAUUAAUAAAUUUUAAAUUGUAAUCAGGGACAAAUUGCUGUUGUAUAAGAAGAACAAAAUACUACAGGAUAUGCUGCUAUAGGAAAACAGUCCACUUCAGGGUGGUAACAGUGAUUAUGCUUUAUGUUGGGCUGCAUCACAUCACCCCAUCACCGAUUGUUUUCUUAUAACAGCACACUGUCAUGUUUUAUUCCUUGUGUAUAUUCCUUUGUUCCGGUAUAUUUUGUUUCUCGUGCGUUUAAUGGCUACUCCUUUAAAAUUUUUGAGAGUAUUGAUUUGAGAGUAAUACAGAAAUACAAAAGCAGGACCUGUGCAUGAUAGUCUUAUAUAAACUUGUUGGUUGACGAGCCACUUGACUUGACUUAGUUGGUGACUCAUGAACCUCUGGUUUGUGAGUGUUCUGCUUUUUAAUCACUGAAUUUAUCUGUCUAGACUAGGUUUGAGCAAAUCAAGCAUUAGCACACACCAACUGACUUGAAUUUUAUAUUUUUUAAAUUUAUUUUUUCAUUUUUUUUUCAUUUUCACUUUUACAGAUGCAUUUGCCUGUUCAGUUAUUGUGGCCAUAAAAAUAUCAAUGUGUAUCAGUCACAGCGGUCAUUGCGAGUUGUGUGGAUGCCUAAAUAUGAAAAACGUCAUCUUUUAAUUUACAAGGUUUAACAUUAUAUUUCUUUGAAACGUUCAAAAGUCCAGUACAAAAAAGUCAUAAGUUAUAAAAUCAUUUCAUGUUUUCAUCCAAAAUCAUGAAUAAACUCAAUGCUCUUUCUUUGAUCAUUAUCUACAACCUGGUGCUCUCAAGCCAAUGGGGAGUAAAAGCAAAUAAAUAAGGAAAUAAAUAAAAUAAAAACUACUCCAAGUAAAAUUUCUGUUUGGACUGAAGCUCUGUAUAAAAAACUUAUAGAAACACAUGUACUGAUGUGUCUGCAGCUGUUCCAAAUUAGCUUAACAUUUCUUAAAACAGCAGAUUUAUGUAGUUGCAGUUUUAAUUCUAUGUGCAGACUGAUAAACCUUCCUGUUUACUGUCCGGCCUACAGUAUUUAACCACAAAUGGUUUAACAUGGUAUUUCUGUUUCUAAUGAGAAGCAGAUAAGCUGGCGUCUGUCUUUCGGUUUAGUUUCUUAUCAGCUGAAAUACACUUUAGUGCAGCUUUUGAUAGUUUCCAGGCAUGUGCCAUGUCUGCAAUUGCUUAAUACAUUGUGUGUGUGAGUGUGUGUUCAUUUGAAUACUUGUAAGGCUGAAGCCAGAGAAUGAGUGCCAUAUGGGUGCAUUCAUUUAGAAUGGAUCACAACUGAAAUUCUGUAUAUGAGAUAUAAAUUUAUCUCACUAAUGUAUCUCACUUUUUUCCUGCAUUAAAAAAAAGAUGUUUUAUAUCUAAA